AUGAUAUUCUUUAGAAAGCUUGUCUGUUUCACACUAUUACAUUUGGUGAUCACAUUACCUCAAAUCAAUCUUGAUCUAACAGACUGGAUAAGUGUCAGUGAAAGUAAUACUGUGUUGCAACAUGAUUGUCUUCAUGUUUUUGCUCCGACAAAAUUUUCGUUUCCUCCUCAGCAGAUAAUUUCCUACUGUAUGAGUGAAUGGCCAUCAAAAUGGAAUAUACGAGAAAAUAAUUUCGAUCAAAGCUUUACUUUCGCUGAGCUCUACAAGCGGAAUAUUACAAGUCAACAAUUAUAUCUCUGGUCAGCACCUAUGGAUAUUGUUGAACAUUAUGAGUUCUAUUUGGAUCAACUUUCAAAUUCAAAUAAAUCGCCAUCAAUAGUAACACAAUUAUUCUACAAUUGUACAUUACCAAGAUUUGGUCCACUUUGUCAAUAUUCAUUGGAUAUUUAUAUGCCUUAUGGUUCAUCAUUGUACGAGAUCAUCAACAAUUUCUAUCAAGAAAACUAUCGACCAAUGACUCUGACAUGUUAUACUCAUUUGGAAUGUAAUCGUGGUUCAAACUUGGCAUGUCUUGACUGGACGGAAAUUUGUGACGGACAUAUCGAUUGUCUUAAUGAUGGAAUCGAUGAAGAACAUUGCGGGCAACUUGAAGUCAAUAAAUGCGAAGAGAGUGAAUUUCGAUGUAAGAAUGGAGAAUGUAUAUCUCAUCUAUUUGUUCAAGAUGGUAUUUCUAUCGAAUGCAUUGAUCAGUCAGACGAAUCUUAUGGGAGGGGCCAUGGUCCUAAAUAUGACAUAUCUGGACCAUCAUUUACAUUUGAAGAUAUCCGAUGUCCGAAAGACGAGGGUAAUCAAAAUUUGUUCACAACUUCAUGUUUAAAGCAACGUGAUCAUCUCAUCUUGCAAGCCAUGUUUUUGAACGAAUCAAACUCAAUAUCCGAUGAUUGUUGGUUUGCAUUCAGAUGCAACUUCGGAAUUCCUGAUUCAUCACACCCAAAAUGCCGUGAUAUAUGUCUCAAUAGAACAUGUAAAGAAAUAAUCAAUAACACUUGCCCUGAUAUGUUCUAUAUUCCAAAUGCUCCAAUAUUGUUUGGCCAUAUUUACUUAGCUUAUACCAAACAGGCUGCUUUAAAAGCAAUUACUAAUAGUUUACCACCACAAUAUGUUUGCUACAAUGAACAACUGUGUGAUGGAUUUUACACCAACAAAACAUUAUUGUUAUUUCAUAAUGCCACAUGUCGUCGGCCAGAAGAUUUUCCAUUGAUUUUUUCGGAAUUAGAAAGUGAUAAUUGGGUGGAUGCAUAUGUCAAACCCAUUUUCAGACAACUCUAUAAAUGCAAUACAAUUGUCAAAAAUAAUAAUCCUGCAGUUUGUAACAAUUCAUUUAUGUAUCAAUGCAUUAAUUCGUCGAAAUGUAUUUCGAAGCAUCGUAUUGGUGACGAUCUAUUCGAUUGCGAUUAUGGAGAUGAUGAACAACCAAGUUUACAUUAUGAUCUAUGUUUAAAAGGUGAACUUCCAAUGGUUUUUAAAUGUACAUCAACAAAUAAAUGUAUUGAUUAUAAAAAGAUCGACAAUAAUUUUUGUGAUUGUGGAUGUGAUGAAGAUGGUUUAUGUGAUGAUGAAUAUAUGUUUUUAAAAGAAGCUAGAAGACAUAUAGCAUUUCAAGCAAUUUGUGAUGGAGACAUACAGCUGUUACCGAUCACUGUUGAUGGGCGAAAUGAAACAGAUGAAACUGAAUGUGACCUAUGGCAGUGCAAUAAUACUUUUACUCGAUGUAAUGAGAUAUGGAAUUGUUGGAAUGGAGCCGAUGAAGUUGACUGUGAACCAUCGCAAUCAUUGCAAUGCCCAUUGCAUCAUCACAUUUGUAUCUCAUCGGAGACAAAUCAACCUAUGUGUUUGCCUCUUGAAAAAGCCAAUGAUGGAAAAAUCGAUUGUCUCGAAGGUGCUGAUGAGCCAAGAUUAUGCCAAUCGAAUAACGAUAUUUACAAUCAAAAUAAUUUUUACUGUCAGAAUUACACUUCUCUACCUUGUAUAAUGUGCAAACAAGCAUGCUUUUACUCCACCAUGUGCAACCACGAAGGUGAUACAACGGAUUGUUAUAGAUAUCAUAAUUUUACCACAGUCACAUCUAUUUGUAACAGAAACUAUAAAAGAAUUCGUUCUAAUGUCGAAAAUAAUCUUCGUAGACGCCUUCCCGAGAAGGAUACAAUACGUACGGUGCCUUUUCCAUUUGAUGAAAUCAAACCUUUAAUCAAACAUACAGAUACAAGAGUCUCAUUUUCAUCUUUCAUCGAAAGUACUCGUCAAUAUAGCCAACGUUGUCAUCGUGGUAUUCCUUUACGUGUUUGGAUUGAUAGAGAAAAAAACUUGACCGAUAUCACAUGUCUCUGUCCACCAAGUUUUUAUGGUAAUAUUUGUCAAUAUCAAAAUCAACGAGUUAGUCUCACUACGAACUAUGAUGCAUAUUCUGAUUCUUGGCAAACAAUGUUUUCUAUUAUAGUUUUACUUAUUGAUGAUAGUGAUGAGCGAAUUAUUCAUUCAUAUCAAAAAUUAGCCUAUCAGUACUUGCAAGACUGUCACACCAAAUACAAUACUUAUUUACUUUAUUCCACUCGACCAAAAAAUCAUACAAUGCACUAUUCGAUACAUAUUGACAUCUAUGAAACGAUUUCAUUAACUUAUCGAGGAAGCUUUCUUGUGCCACUUAAGUUUCAUUUUCUGCCUGUACAUCGUAUUGCUGUUCAGUUUUCCAUUCCACACAUAGACAAUAAUAUUCAAACUUGUGUAAAUCAACCAUGCAGACAUGGUCAAUGUAUCAGAUAUUCAGAAGAUCCUAAAGGUACUACGUUUUGUCGUUGUAAUCAAGGAUGGUCUGGACGAUACUGUACUAUUCCACAUAGUUGUAUGUGUUCAUCCGAUUCGUUAUGUAUUGGGGUUUUACCAAAUAAUCGAUCUAUCUGUGUUUGUCCGAUGCAUAAAUUUGGUUCUCGAUGUUUAAUUGAAAAUACAAUUUGCCAAUCUAAUAAAAAUGUAUGUCUUAAUGGUGGUCAAUGCAUACCUGCUGAUAGACCUUGGUCAUUCCACAAUGGAUUCUUUUGUAUUUGCCCAAAAGGCUUUACUGGACACAGUUGCGAGAUGCCCGACACGAAAAUUACAGUAUCAUUUCAUAAAGAUAUUCAAUUGCCACAAUCCAUGAUUGUUCAUUUCAUUGAAACAAUGGACGGCAACUUAUAUAGUAAUCGCAGUGCUUUCAAAACAAUUCUUCUCCAUCAAAAUAUAGUCACCAUUCACUGGGCAUAUCGUUUCAACAUUGCUUUAAUUCAAUUAUUCGACAAGGGCAUCUAUAUAAUUGCUGUUCAAGUGUCCCACAAUGCGUCGGUGACUUUUGUAACAAAAGUCAAUCCAUCAGAUCGUUGUAAACAUUUAAGCGAAAUAUUGAAUGACACUAUUGUCAAAUUACAUCUUAUUCGUCGCAUUAAAUAUUAUCAUGUACCAUGUCAAGAAACAUCACCAUCAUUGUCUUGUUUCUAUGAUGAUACACAUUUCUGUACGUGUAAUAACUUUGGCCAUCAUCGUGUAGCCAAUUGUUUUGAAUUUGAUCCCAAUCAAAAACUUGAUUGUCUCGGACGACAACACUGUGAAAAUGGAGGAAAAUGUUUGCAAGACCGUGGAGUUUGUCAAAAAAUGCUCAUGUGUCUUUGUUCUAGAUGCUUCUAUGGAACACGAUGUCAAUUUAGUUCAAGUGGAUUUGGCCUUUCACUCGAUGGCAUUUUAGGUUAUCGUAUUUUACCACAUAUCAAUAUUAUACAACAACCACCUAUAGUACAAAUGAGCAUGGUACUAACUAUGAUAAUGACUAUAACAGGACUUAUCAAUGGUAUUCUAUCGGUAAUUACGUUUAAGAACAAAGAAUCCCGACAUAUAGGUUGUGGCUUUUAUCUAUUGGGAUCAUCAAUCACGACUCUAUUUACUAUGACUAUGUUUGCACUGAAAUUCUGGAUACUGAUUGUUGCACAAAUAUCGUACAACAUGAAUCGAUCAUUUCUAUAUUUUCAAUGUAUUUCAAUUGAUUUUCUUCUACGCAUUGGUCUUAAUAUGGACCAAUGGUUGAAUGCAUGUGUUGCCGUUGAAAGAGUAAUCACUACGAAGAAAGGAAUUUAUUUUAACAAGAAGAAAAGCAAAAAAAUGGCCAAAUACAUCAUUCUAGGUAUUCUCUUAUUGACAAUUAGCACAAAUCUUCAUGAUCCAUUUCAUCGACGUUUAAUUUAUGAUAAUAAUGAUAAUGGAGAGAAACGAAUUUGGUGUGUUGUUACUUAUUCAUCCAAUGUACAAGUCUACAAUUCAAUCAUAAAUAUAUUUCAAUUUUUUUCUGCAUUUAUUAUCAAUUUGGUUUCGUCAAUGAUUAUUAUUAAAACAACUGCUCAUCUACGAAGCACUGUUCAUGUUCAACAAAGUUAUCAAAAUAUCUUACAGCAACAGAUUCUACAGCACAGUCGUAUCCUGAUUGCUCCAAUUGUCUUGGUCAUUCUUGCUAUACCACGUUUAAUUUUUUCUCUCAUUUCAGGUUGUAUGAAUUCAGUUAAUGAUUCAUGGCUUUUUCUUGCUGGAUACUUUAUAUCAUUCAUUCCACCUAUGCUUACUUUUGUUAUUUUUGUGUUACCAUCAAAGCCUUACAAAAAAGAAUUUUGGAAGACAAUCAAAAAGUAUCGAACGAUGAUGCAAACACAUGUAAAUUUCAAUUCAUAA